ACUGCACACAGUCACGAUUCAUUUUGUUCUUUUACCCGAAAGGCAAAAAGGAUUAAUAAUAGUUACCAUUUAGUUUAAGUUUUAUUUAUUUUAUCUGCUGUACCAACCUACGGAGAAGGCCGCUGGUGCGUUCCAAGAUGGCGGCCUGGUUACGGCGAUGCGCCCUGUUUGGCAGGCUCGGAGUGGCAGCGGAGUGGCCAGUUACCAAAAGGUUCCUGCUGUCUGCAGCUUAUUUGGACAGUGAAAAAUGGGACCAGAGAAAGGAAGAUCCACACAGCCUGGCGGAAUUAGCUGCACAAAUGGACAUGACUUACGAAAAGAAACUUCCUGUCAGCUCCUUAACUAUAGCACGGUUUAUUGACAACAUUUCCACAAGAGAAGAGAUUGACCAAGCUGAAUAUUAUCUUUACAGGUUUCGACAUAGUCCAAACUGCUGGUACUUACGAGACUGGUCCAUCCACAGCUGGAUUCGACAGUGUCUGAAGCACAAUGCUAGGGACAAGGCCUUGCACACCUUAAGAAACCAAGUACAAUAUGGAAUUUUUCCAGAUAACUUCACAGCAAAUUUACUCAUGGAUUCUUUCAUCAAGGAGGGAGACUUUACAAAUGCCCUUGCUGUUGUCAAUGAAGUGAUGCUCCAGGAAAUGUUUGAUGAGAAAUGCACGCAGCUUCUUUCCCUCUAUGUUCUAUAUAAAUAUCUGCACACUAAACCAGAACUGAAGUUGGAAGAUGAACGAAAUAUUGGUGCAUCAUUAUUUUUGCUUGGGCUGAAGCAGAACAACACAUUUGGUUUUAGCUCUCGGCUUUUGGGUCUUGCAUUCAUUGGAAAAGUUGAAGUGUAUAAAGGAAUCCGUGCAGUUUACACCAAAGUGCCCCUGAUCUGGACGCCAGGAUAUUUAAAUCGAGCUUUAAGUGUGAUGGAGGAUGUAGUGAAAUCAUCAGAUGAAAUAAAGCUUUGUAAAGAAGCGGUGGAUGUCAUGGCAACAGUAUUGCAGACUGCAGCAACUGAAACUAACGAAUCCACACUGACUGAAGAAUCACAGGAAAGAAAACAAGAAGUUGCCCCUGAUGAGGAGGAUUAUAUUGAAAGAUCAAAUCUUCCAAACUACUUAAACAAAUUUAAGGAACUGCAUGCAAAACUAGAGUCACUUGGAAAGAUAGAAGAAGAAGGACUAUUGGCACAGACGGACAAGCUCAUCAAAGAAAAUCUUCCAUCAUAUGAAAAUGAUGAGAUCCUUAAUUAUGAGAAGAAGUUAGAAAAAUGGGAAGAGGAGCGUGCUGGAUUGAUUCAACGUGAAAAAGAGUUGAAGGAGAAAGCUCGUCAAGAAAGAGAAGCUAGACUAGCAGCAAAAGCUAGAAAUUAACCCUAUUUAAGUUCUCCUUUACCCCAACUUCUGGACCUUCUAUAAAUAUUACUGUUUUGAUUAAAUAAUGCCAUGAAACAUACUAAGUGUAAUAUUUUUUACAUCUAAUAAUGAACAUUAAAAGCAUUUAUAAUUCUUGGUGAAUAAAAUCCAAAACUGA